AGACCCCGCCCUGUCCACAGUGUACUGCUGACCAUCAGGCUCGCCGGGCUGGACUGUAUUCGUCGCGCGCGCCUGGUUGUCAUUUAGCUUGUAUGGCGACCAGCUAGGAGACCGUUUUCUCUCCUCCAUCAGACCGAUAGCUCCCGUUAGAGAGCUAACAGACUUCAGAUGAAAUGGGAUGAUGUAGCGGGAUAACUCAAUGGGAGAACUACGCAGUACGCUAGUAGAACUAGCGUGCUAAGCUAACGAGGAGCCAUACUCGUUCGGACGAAGCUAACGCUGGAAGCUAACCCAAACGAGUGUUCACCUGCGGACUGGUGCUGUUGUCCGACUGACGGUGCCGUUGUUAGCUAACAAGAUGGAAAGUGUGAAGGAAAACGAGUCCGGAGUGACUUCAUCAACGCUACAGGGGACACCGGACUCUGGCAACUUUAACUCCGCCAAGCCGAGUGGAUUAACGCCGCUGCCCCCUGGAAAGAGACCCUCCAUCGGGGAGGAUGAGGGUGGGGGCGCAGAGGCGAAACUCUUCGGGAAGGGUCUUGCGGCCACCUCCCUUCUCCAGAUUGCAAUAAGGAACGGAAUCUACCAAAACCAAGUUGCCAACGCUACCGGCGGCACGGGAAAGAUGAGCAACAUGCCCGCGGUAAAAACGGCCAACAUCUACAGUUUGACGUCGGUGAGCAGCACCACUUCGGUGAACUCUUUGCUGAACAGGAGGCGGCACAGACACAAGAGGAACCUGUCUCUGGGGGCUCCACCGACCGCUAGCUCGCUCGGGGCGUCUCCGUCCGAGGCGGCUAGUCCCGCGCCCUCCGCCUCACCGCUCAGCACUCUCAGCCUGGACAGAAAGACCUUCCUCCGGCAGAAACAGUCAAAGCAGCUUCAGGCCUCUGACAAGUCAUGGGUGAGAUCGGACCCCCAGCGGGGAUGCAUCCACGUUCACGACUGGCUCACGCCCUCCUACCCGCGCCCUGUGCUCUGCACCGUGGACACCACUGCUAAGGAGGUGGCCUCCAAGCUGGAGGGCAGCAAAGCUGGGGCUGUGCUGAGAAUUAACUGCAAACCUAAUGACUUAAAUGAUCUCUGUAAAGAUGUUAAUGAGCAUGUUGAUAACGUGGAUUUGAAAAAUCCCAAAUCAGAGGAGAACGAAAGCACCAAGUGUUACUCUGAUGCUAAAUUACCUUCUAAUUUUUUUCUGGAUGAUAAAGGUGGUAGUAACUCUUCCUCUGAGGUCUGUCUCAAUGACAUUGGAGUUGAUUUAAGCCAGAGUGGCACAGACUGCUUCGGCCCAUACUCUGGUUCUGAUAUAGAGAGCAGCACAUGUGAGGACUUCAGCCCAGGUGGACCCAGAAGUACGGAGCACCGAGACUCGCUCAGUGACGGGCUGGGUUUGGGGACCGACUCUUCAGCGCUGAGUCCAAAUUGUGACAGUGCCACAGAGGAACCUGACCCAUUUGAAAGCUCCUCAGAUGAGCUGGAGCUCACAUCUUCCCCAACGCACUCAGCGUCAGACCUGCCCCCCUCAGACACCCACAGUGCUUCUAACCAAGCCACCAGACAAGAGGAUGAUGGUGAAGCUGAUGCUGGUGAUGCCCCCAAAUUAAUCACAGAGCCAGCUAAAUGCUCCAACAGCUCUUUGACUCGACCCCUAACCAGCCAAGCAUCUGUCCAGCCAGACCAGGAGAUCCCCGAGGCCAGCAGAGGGUGGCCCGAGCCCAUCAAUCCCAGUCCGACCCCGGCCCUGUUCAUCCAGCUGCACGGCGGAGUUGUAAGGCGACUGGGAGAUGAUGAACGACCACUUCAGAUUUUAAACAAGUACCUCGCUAAUCUGGGGUUUGAAGAUGCAUGGAGGAUGCAAGAGGAAGGCAUGAAUCCAGAAAUUGGCUGCUUGAUACGCUUCUACUUUGGUAAGCCUCGCUGCGUGGGGGGGUCGGAGCGCGUGCAGCUCUCCGGGGUGUUCAACGUGCGGAAAGGCAAGCUGGCGCUGCCGGUGAACCGCUGGUCGAGGCGUCAGGUCACACUGAGCGGAACCUGCCUCAUCGUGUCGUCUGUGAAACACGCUCACACCGGAAAGAUGCACAUCCUCCCGCUCAUCGGAGGAAAGGUGGAGGAGGUGAAGAGGCACAGCCACUGCCUGGCCUUCAGCUCCGCGGGUCCUCAGAGUCAGACCUACUACGUCAGCUACGAGUCCUACGCCGAGCACCUGCGCUGGCACAGGAUGGCCUCGAAGAUUGCCUCCCAGAGGGUGAACUCUGUCGACCUGUCGUGCUGCAGCCUGGAGGAGCUUCCUGCUCAGCUGUUCUACAGCCAGGAUCUCACACACCUCAGCCUCAAGAACAACUUCAUGUCUCCACUCAAAGGUGUUCCAGCGCUCACCAGGUUUUGUAAACUGAGAAGCCUCAGCCUGUCCAAUAACGCUCUGUCUGAGUUUCCUCCGGCACUGUGUGACAUCACCUCGCUCACAGAGCUCAACCUGUCUGGAAACCGUCUCUCCUGUCUGCCGGCAGAAAUGGCAGCAAUGAUGGACCUGCAGACUCUCCUCCUGGAUGGAAACAUCCUCAGCUCUCUGCCUGCAGAGCUGCGCUCUCUGGAGGGCUUGUCCUACCUCGGGUUAUCCUUCAACUGUUUUAGCAGCGUCCCCCCCGUCCUGGAGAAGCUCAGAGGGAUGGAAAAGCUCUGUCUGGCAGGAAAUCAGCUCUCUGUCCUGGAUAUGAUCGGUCUGCAGUGGCUGCCUGCUCGCUACGUAGACCUCAGGCUGAACCGGCUCCACAAGGUGAUGGUGGCAGAACCAGAACAGCUGGUCCACGUUGUCCAGCUGGACCUGAGGGACACCGGCCUGCAGGAGCUGGACGUCCGCUGUCUGGGUAAACUGGAGCAGCUGCGCUGUGACAGAAACUCGCUCUCCCUCCUCAGAGUCAGCGGCCACGCCCUCAAGAGUCUGCACGCCGCGCACAACGAGCUGAAGCAGCUGGAGGUGCAGCCGGUCCCAGAGAAUCUGACGGUUCUGGAUCUGUCCCGGAACAAGCUUGGACACGUCCCGGACUGGUUGGGCGAGAGCAGCAGACUGGAGGUGCUGGACAUCAACCAUAACCGUGUCACGGAGCUUCCUGUCUGGCUGCUGUCCGGCGGGAGCCUGAGGAAGCUGCUGGCAGGCUGGAACGACGUGAGUCGGCUGACGGAGAGGCUGGAGAGCUCUCAGCUGGAAGUCCUGGACCUGCAGCACAACCACCUGACUGAGCUCCCACACAACCUGUUCAUCAAAGCUCAGAGCUUACGUUACCUAAACGUGUCUGCCAAUAAGCUGGAGGACCUCCCUGCAGCCAGCCUGUCAGAGGAUGCCUUCGGCAGCCUGGAGGAGCUGUACGUGACCAACAACAGCCUGUCAGACAAGGUUGUUCCUCUGCUGACGGGACACAGCCGUCUCAGGGUGCUCCACCUUGCCUACAACCAGCUGCAGACGUUCACUGCCAGUAAACUGGCCCGCCUGGAGCAGCUGGAGGAGCUGGACCUGAGUGGAAACAGGCUGAGAGCCGUACCCACCACCAUCCUCAGCUGCCAGCGGCUGCACACGCUGUCCGCCCACUCCAACUGCAUCAGCACCUUCCCUGAAGUCCUGCAGCUGCCAGAGAUCAAGUGUGUGGAUUUGAGCUGCAACGAGCUGAGCGAGGUGACCCUACCAGAGACGCUUCCUCCGAAGCUUCAGGAGCUCGACCUGACUGGAAAUCCUCGACUCGGCCUGGAUCACAAGAGCCUGGAGCUCCUCAACAAUAUCCGCUGUUUCCGGGUGGAUCCGUCUCCGUCGGCUCCCUGUGCCAGCGACAGCCACGGCGUUCCCGCAUUCUGGAGUCACGGCUUCACGGAAGCUUCUGGAGUCAAAAACAAGCUGUGCGUGGCGGCUCUGGCCCAGGACAGCUUCUGUGGGACUCGUGAAGCUCUCUACGGCGUGUUUGACGGCGACAGGAACGUCGAGGUGCCUUACCUGCUGCAGUGCACCAUGGGAGAUGUGCUCGCAGAGGAACUCCACAGAGGCCCAAAGCAGGAAGACUACAUGACCAGCACAUUCCUCACCAUGCAAAGGAAACUGGGCACGGCGGGCCAGAAGAUGGGCGGAUCGGCUGCUUUAUGCCACAUCAGGCACGCCCCGGUGGCGCCCGGAGAGCACGGAGGCUGCUUCACGCUGACGGCAGCCAACGUGGGGCGCUGCCGGGCCGUGUUGUGCCGCGGGGGGAAUGCUGUGCUGCUGUCCGACGUUCACACCGUUAGGGUGGAGUCGGAAUACCAGAGAGUCCGACAGCAUAACGCCAUCAUCACCGAGGAUAAUAAAGUGAGCGGCGUGACGGAUUCUACCAGAAUGAUGGGCUACUCCUUCCUCUGUCCCUCUGUGACGCCCCGCCCUCACGUCGCCACGGUGGCGCUCAACCCACAAGACGAGUUCUUCCUCCUGGGCAGCCGGGGGUUGUGGGAUUUGAUGUCUCCCAGCGAGGCGAUCGAGGCGGUCCGGAAUGUUCCAGACGCGCUCGCCGCUGCUAAGAAGCUGGUGACGCUGGCUCAGAGCUACGGCUGCUCCGACAGCCUGAGCGCCGUCGUGGUGCGGCUCAGCAUCACCGAAGACUGCUGCUGUUUCUGUGAGCCACCGCCCAGCCCCGGCCCGGGCCAGCCCACCUCCCAUCCGUACUCGUCCAGCAACGACGGCGGGAUUCCUCUGCCGCCCGCCUCCUCUGGAACCGUGAGCGAGCUGAGCAGCGAGUUCAGCAUGUCUGAGAUGAGCAGUGAAGUGGGAUCCACGGCGUCCUCAGAAGAGCCGCCGCCUCAGACCGAACCUCCCUCCCACCCGAACGCCCAGGGUCGGGCUGGAGCACGGAGAGCCGCCUGUGCAGGAGGGAGCUUCCAGAGGCAGUUCUCCGGAGCACUGUCCGACAACGGGCUGGACAGCGAGGACGAGGAGCCCAUCGCUGGCGUUUUCUCCAACGGCAGCCGGGUGGAGGUGGAGGCCGACGUCCACUGUCUGCUCCGUCAUGACUGCGCCCACACUCACGCCGCUAGCGCAAGCAAACCUCCUCCAGUCACAUCUGCAAACGAGCUCCUCCCCCCGUCUUUCACAUCCUUGUCUCCCUCCCCCGUCCCUCCCCCCUCCCCCUGCCUGAGCGGGGAGGUGCGGUCCGGAACUCUGGGCCGGAGGGCUCGAGCCAACGGUUCUGUGGCCUGCCAGGGCCGGAACCAGGAUCUGAUCGAGGAGGCUGCAGACGCGCCCGUCAAGAAGCAGGGGGGCUACUUCAACGCUCCGGCCCAGCCAGACCCGGAGGAUCAGCUGAUCAUCCCUCCGGAGCUGGAAGAGGAGGUCCGUCAGAUCAUCCAGCAGCAGGAACAGAUGCAGACACACAACCAGCAAACGCACGCCUACCAGAGACCGGCCGACUACUUCGUCACGCCUCUCUAAUCUAACCUCCGCCUCCAUCAUCGUCGUCAUCAGCAUCUUCAUCCCGAGCUACUGUCAGGGCGGGGGUCGUCUCUAAACACAACUUCAAACGAGAAGCUUUUCGUUUAUUCUUUAUUCUCAUCUCACCUCAAAGCUCGAUGCAAUUUCUGUAACUGAUGAAAUGCUGACCUGCAGAUUUUCCACCGUCUGAAAAAGCACUUUGUGUUCGAGUUUCUGAAACGGUACGUUUACAUUCACACCACUUUGUUUUUGUUUGCUGUUGACGUCGCUGCUGAGAGCCUUAAAGUUGUUGGAGUUAGUGACUGUUUAACCAACUCUUAGGAGUUUAUUCCUUUAAAGUGAGCUAGUCACUGAGGCUACUAAUAUUCUCUGAGAGAAAAGAUUAUUCCUGAAGGCGGGUGUUCUCCGGCUGUGGCGGGCUGCGGUGGUGGGAGCUCCUCACAGCUCCGGGAUCCUCCUCAGAACCGCGCUAGACUUCGCCAGAAGAGCACAACAGAUACUUUUGCUAAAUAAUAAAGUUUUCAGAUAAACUCAAACUGUUCGCUUUGGUUUCUUGAGGAAAGUUUUGUCAAAAACGUGUUUAAGCUUUGAUGAAAUUGCACGUUUUCUCACAGGAUUCUUAUUCAAGCACUAAAAAACUGAAAUCUGACCUAAAACCGGUUUGAGCUGGAAGAGACUGAUACAAAAACAUGUUUUCUCUGCAGUGAAACAAUCCCCACUCUGAAAAUGCACGAGUGGCGUUUGAGUUUGGGAUUUCUUUUGUUUCUAAUCCGGUUUUGACUGAACUCUUACAUCACGGCUGUCCCACUUUAUGUGUGCUCCUUUGUGUGACGGCACUGAUGUCAGGACUGGCAGGAAGGAGGAGACCGGCGGGGACAGCUCGGUCCUGCGAGAAGGGUAUCGCUGCAAACCCGGAGACCGCAGAUUCAGGCUUGUACUGUUUUGAGACGGCUGUUUGCUUGCCUUCCAACCAAGAACUGUUAAAACAGUAGAAGCUUGAAUCUGCAGCAGGCGUGAAUCUGCAGUGUCCAAGUCUGCAGCCUUGAAUCUGCAGUUGCAGUUACACGUUUGUCCUUUAGAGAGCGCUGUCUCAAAAAAAAGUACAAGCCUGAAUCUGCGGGUCUGCAGAGACCCUUUGCACGUGACGUCACGCCACUCAUGUGACCACCGCCUUCGCCAUGAUGGAAGGCAAAAAGACCGCUUAAACUCCAGUGAAGGUAGUCAAAACAAGCCAGUUUGUAGCCUUUUACGGCUUUUAUUUAGUUGAUUUGACAGUAAAAUGGUUUUAGCUUGCUGCGUGGUCGGCUGCACUAACAGACAAGGACGUAAACUCAACUCGUUUUUCUUUUUAAUAACUGAUGGAGACCGAGGGCGGAGAUGAACUGCAGCGAUCAAUCAAUCUAGCGGAUUAGCAGCCUUCAGAUUUGCAGCGAACAUUCUUUUUUACCGGGUAAGAUUAACGUUCAUUUAUUUGACGGGGAAGACAGGGACAGGGAUAAAUGUGAUGGGUUUAUACUAGUUAUUGAUCCUGAUGGACGGGUAUUUCACCACGGAGGCUGCGCGCCGUCCACUGUAGUGUAAAGCGAGACAAUUAACAAUAUUAAAGCUCCGAUGUAUGAUUA